AUGGAUUAUUACCACAACACAACCCCCGAACUCGAGCCGCACUCCGGCAUCAAAUUCGACGUCAGUCCCUCUGGAGCCGUCACGACCACCUCCUCGAACCGCCGCUCCCUCAUAGCACCCGACAAUCUCCUUCGCUCCCUCCGCGAGCGCUCGCGUGACAGCUACCAGAAAAUCAGAGAGCUCCCUCGACCAUUUCAGUAUGCGGCCACGCCUGCGGCACCGCCAUUGAUACAGACAGUCAGCACAGGGGGGUUCGGGGACCACUCGGUAUGCGAAGGCCCCGUGGUUGCUCCGGGACCCAGCGGCGGAAGGAGUAUCAGCGGUGCGACAGGGUGUCUGGGGAUGAGUACGGGCGGGAGAUGUGUAGACGAGAUCAAGAAGACUGCGAAAGGAUGGGUUGAGAGGGUGGAGGGCGUCAUGGCUAGUUCGAGGACGACAGUAGUGGUGGAAAGGCCCACGGAGCAGACAUUGAGGGUCAAGAACAACAAGACUGGGAACUGCGUCUAUCUAGUAACAAAAUCACCAUCAGGACUAGAAGAGCUCACACCUCUCGACUCGCUAAAGCACCUCUUCCCCAACAAUAAGUAUCUCCGCACAUCCCUCGUCUCGUGGAACCACCACUUCCAAAACCCCCCACAGCACUGGCUCAUCAACUUCAUCCCCCGGGCUUAUCUGCGGCGCGGCUUCUUCCUCGCGGAGGAGAUCUGCAAUUAUCUCCUUCAGUACCCCGACGGGUGUAAAUACCGCGUCGAGUACGAGCCGAUCGGGCACGAGAGUAGCCUUGUAGGCACCAUUGUGCCGCGGUCACUGAGGGCGAGAGCAAAGACGGGGAGGUAUUGGGAGGGUAGGGAGAAGGAGAUUGAGGGAUGA